GGUUUCCGGGCACGCUCAUUCCAUACAAGUGCGACCUCUCCAUUGAAGAGGAGAUCCUCUCCAUGUUCUCUGCCAUCAAGACGCUCCACCAAGGGGUUGACGUCUGUAUCAACAACGCUGGGCUGGCUCUACCGGAGCCCUUGUUAUCCGGCAAGACGGAAGGCUGGAGAACAAUGCUGGAUGUCAACGUGAUGGCUGUGAGCGUCUGUACCCGUGAAGCAUACCAGUCCAUGAAAGAGCGAAAUGUUGAUGACGGCCAUAUAAUUAACAUUAAUAGCAUGAAUGGCCACAGUGUGGUCCCACAGUCUGUGGUGCAUUUUUACAGUGCCACAAAAUACGCGGUCACCGCGUUGACCGAAGGGCUGCGGCAGGAACUCCGAGAGGCGAAGACACACAUACGAGCCACGUGCAUAUCUCCAGGCCUGGUGGAAACCGGAUUUGCUUUCAAACUGCACGAUAGUGAUCCGGAGAGAGCGGCAGCGACGUACGAGAGCAUCCAGUGUCUAAAAGCCGAGGAUAUGGCCAAUGCCGUCAUAUAUGUCCUCAGCGCUCCACCUCAUGUACAGAUUGGCGAUAUUCAGAUGAGACCGACAGAGCAGCUAUCCUAGCAGAAUGAGAAGAUUUGCCCUUGGGACAACACAGGGAGGAUGGCUUCCGGCCACCUUGGCAUUUACUUCUUCUGACCGGUGACAUUUUAAAUCCAGAUCCCCCCGCACACAAUUUCUCCUGUUCAAGCUGUUGUCAGGUGUGCAGAAAGUAACACCCAACGCUUUGGUUGGUCUCGGACACUCCUCUGCGUCUCCAGUGUGCUGUACUUCACCAAUGGCUGAAAUCAAUGUGAAAGGACCCGAAGAAGUAUCACCCCUAUGAUACUGUAUUUUCUUUUCUUUUUUUUGAGGGGGAAGGGAUCAUUACAGGUUCCAGGUGACCCUGGGUGACGACGGAGGAGAGACUUGCUAGCUUCACAGCAGAGAUC